CAAUAACGAAGAGUCUACAGAAGGAACAAGUUAGUUGAAAGAAUUUCAUCGGAUAUAUUAUCUUCGGAAACGUUGAGAAAUGCAUUCAAUAAAUAAAUUAACUUUCGUUAUCUUGAUAACGUGUAUUAUAUUCUUUGUACAAAUUUCGGCAAGAGAAGAAGAGGCGUCAGAAGAAACGAAGAAAUACACGACCAAAUACGAUAACAUCGAUAUCGAUGGUAUUAUGAAAAACGAGAGACUGUUAAAGGCAUACGUGGGUUGCCUACUCGAUCGAAAUCCUUGCUCACCGGACGCGAUGGAAUUGAAAAGAAAUUUACCAGAUGCAUUAGCGACAAAUUGUUCGUCCUGCAGCGAAGCGCAAAAAACUGCUGCUGAUAAGCUGUCUCAUUAUUUGAUCGACGAAAGACCGGAAACAUGGAGCCUCCUUGAGAAAAAGUACGACCCCGAUGGCGAAUACAGGAGACUUUACCAGGACAAUAAAUUUAAUAAUGUUAAUCAAAAGUAUUUGGACUAAUCGAAACCUAUAUAGGAUUCUUAACAAGAUGGUCACGAUCAGGAUAUAUUUGGUUAUCACGAAUCUUCGAUACUUAGCAGUCCUUAAUCCCCUUUGAUGUACGAUUUAUUUUUGUAGACAUACGCGAUUACAAGAAGAGCACGGUGUAAUGUAGCUGUUAGAUUAUCAACGUCACAGUUGAAAACAUAUGUGUUUUUACUUAUUAUUAGAAAAUAUAUGUGUGUACCUUAAGAAAAAAAAAAAAAAA